GUUUUCGUGGUGCUGAUCAGACCCGUAGCGCGUCUGCUGAAGCCAGAGCACCGACAACCUCACAGACUCCUCGUAGCCUGUCGGAGACAUGGUGAGGGUUGCUUGGUUUUUCCUUCCCGCCGGGUUCCUGCUUCUCCCCUCGGUGCCUAUUAAUAAAGGCGCGCGUUAUGUGGUUUUUUUGCCUUACGUAAUGUCAUGCCGUCGGGCUUUCCAACAUCUUCCUUUCCGUUUUCUGUGCCGCGCUAGCGACGCUGGGGCGAGUGGGGAUGUCGAAGGGCUUCUCCGCGUCCUUCGGGGCGGGAAAGAGGGUUGUCGAUCGGUGUGUAAUGCGCAUUUAACAGAGCGGAAAGUCUUUGCUAAGGCAACGAUCCUAUCCCCGCUUACACAGGAGUAAGCCCUGCUUAAUGCAGCGGGACUUACUUCUGAGUAGACGCGGUUAGGACCGCCGCAGUCCAUUCUGUCUAUAGAAAGCAGCUACGACAGAGAUGCAGGACUGUUCAGAGCGGGUGGGGGUCCCCUCUAUCUCGGAAGGCCCACAGGUUUCCCUAAGGGUGGCCUCUGUGAAACUAGUAAAGCAGGAUCGGGCCCUUCUUGGUUUCCUGGUUCCCCGCCCGAGUCGCGCGUCCAGCUGAGUUGGCGGGGUGAGCUUCGGGUUUUUGCAAAAGGUCAGUGUCCAAAGUCCUCGCGUGGGAGACUAGCCAACAGCUGCUGCUGCUGCUGCACUUGGACUCUUUCCUCCGAUUCAGUGUCUCGUUUUGCCUCAACCUCGAGUUGCCCCGCUUGUCCUUUCUGCCAGCUCCUCUUGAAACCUCCGCUGCUGAGAUUCUCAGUCUUAAUCGUCUCAGGGCCUAGACUUGAAUUUGGGGAUAUGCAAGAGAUGCCUACAUGCCCUCAAAUCAAAUCAAAGGACCAACAAAAAGGAAGCUGAGACUUAAAAUGGCUUGGGCAUGACUCACUUGUCUGGGAGACUUUGAGCUGACAUCUCCGAGCCCCCUUCCUUUGUCUGGAAUGGGAAGGAGGGGCAGCAGGGGCGAGAGUUUUUGAUCCACCACCCUCUGUCCUGCUUGCCUCCGUUUUAAGUCCUUCAAGACUUAAUUGGUUAUUUUUGACCAGGUAGUGGUUUUUGUGUGGGUUUUUUUAAGAAUGCUGGAAGCUUUCUUGGGUAUCAGAACUAGUUUGAUGCUGUGUUGGCCACUCACUGCACUCCCCUUUUUACAAGUUUAUAAAGCAGCAUUGCUGCAAAAUGGUGGGAAGUUUUUAAAGAAGAUGGCUGCCUCUCUCAGUCCUUCCCUUCCCUGGUAUUUCAACAUCCUGGGGUUUUAGGGUUGUUGUUUUUAAGUCUGUCUCUUUGAUUUUUAGCCCAAAGUUCACAUUGCUAUUUUGUGUUAUCCCUUAAUGUGAAUUGCUCCAUCCUGUCAAACUGACUCUCGUGUGUGUGUGUGUGUGUGUGUGUGUACACGUACACACAUGCACAAAUACACACUUCAUUCUUUCAAAAUUGGCACCAGGGCUUUCUUGUUAUGUUCCAUCCUUUUUUGCUAGUGAGUUCUCCAAGUACAACUUUGUGAACACACACCAAAAAACCCCAAAAGGCAAGAGAAACAUUGCUGUAAUGGUGAUAGACACUAAAUCUUGAAAUGACUACAGAGACCUGAAUUCUGUCUUAGAGGGCAUUUCUUAACAUCUGGCUAAAGUGCUGUAUUCUGUCCAUCAAAAUUAUGGCCUUAGUUGAGUUUUAGAUUACAAAUGUCUUGCAUCAAGAGUGACUUGCCAACAAUUCCGAUUGUUCCAGUUAAAUAACUGCAAGAAGGGAUUUGAUUCUCUCCUCCCCCCCCAGACAUGAAAUAGCAGGGAGCACUGUAACAGGUAGCAGAAAUUAUUGAUCAUUCCUCCUCAUGAUUCCUUAGGCAAAGGAAACUCUAAUCAACAACUGAAGAUUUCAUCUGCUGUCCUAAUAUUCUUGAGAGUUUAUUCAAUUAUGAAGCCAGUAAGCCUCAUACACAAGCACACACACUCAGGGUUGCAGUUUUGAUAUGCUUUAACUCCCGUGUAUGAUAUUUCGACUGAACUAAUGUUUACAGGUUUCCACUGUAGUUACAGCCACUGCUAGCUAGCUGUGGACCUAUUUCCCUUACUUUGAUUAGAUCAUCUUUCUGUCUGUGCUUCAUAUUUUUCAUUCUGCCUUAGCUGAGGUGUGUCUGCGUUCCAUUAACAGCUGUCCCUGGCUUUGGGGGGGUGUAGUAAAAGACUUGGGGUUGUAAACCAAUGUUAGUUCCACUCACGUAAAAACUUAAGUUGGGUACAACCCUUGAAUGUGCACAGAUGUCUGAGAACUAAAUCUCCAGAUUUUUUGUUGUAGCUGCAAAUCCUGACAAUACUGCUGGAUUGCCCAGUAAGCCACCACCACUCUCGAUGGGUGUCCUAUGAAGUGCACUGCUUAAUAGAUGAAAGGCAGAUAGCAGGAACAUGAAUCAGCCAUGAGGCUGUUUUCUCAGUGUUGGCAAGCCAAGGACUGGAUGUUCCUGUUCUGUGCCUCCCAGCUUGCUGCUGAAAUGAAGUGAGAAUCCUGUGGCACUUUUCACACUAAGCAAAUACGCAGCUUGAAAGAUGGUGAGGGCAUUAAACCUCAUGCACUAUAUCCUUGGCCAUUUAUCCAGGAACCACUAAUAAGGUGUCUGGAAGGUGGAAAGAGAGAGACCUUCUGAAAGGGGAGACAAGUUUUGAUGGGAAAAGAGCAGAAUGAGAUUUAAAGCACUUACUAACAUUAAAAAUAUAUACAAUUAAGUUAUUAACUGCUGCUUAAGCUAAAACUGAAAUACCGUUGUGAGCUGUAUAAUUUAGAUCAUUAUCCUUCCGUGGUAGAAGAAAAUUACCAAGUAUGGAUAAUUGAUGACAGAAAUAUCUAAAUGUAAGAACUGGAGGGAUAUCUCAAAAUAGGCCUUACAAGAGAGCAUCACCUGAGCUUUGAGACACAUGGGAGUAAAGUUAACAAAUUAGGACAGCUAAUUAAAAGUGCACCAAUAGCUUGCUAAUUGAGUUAGCUUUAUCAUUAUUUCUAGAUAAAGAAUACUUUGGGGACAAGCUUAACUUCUUCUCUUUUGCAUUAAAAAUCAAUAAACCAAGGAAAAGCAGCAUCAGUCAACAAGUAGUAUGAGAGAUGAAUAUUUAAAUUACAUUGGGGGGGAGGACCUUGGAAAAAAACAGUAACUGGAAUGGGGAGAACCUUAACUAGGGUAGAUUUAGGAUUUGUGUUAGCCCAAUUGAAACAUAAUUUCUGUAUGGCAACAUAUGACCAUCUGGCUUGAUGUUUGCACAUGAACAUCACAAUCCAAACUGAUGACAACUUCCUUGGAAAAACACCAUUUUUUUCUUUAAAUGGACUAAUCUGCACUUUAUUUGGCAUAUUUGUAUACUGUUCUUUAGUCAAGGAUCCCUGGGUGACUCACAAUAAAAAAUUAUUAAUGCUGUACACAGUGCAUUAUAGGAAUGUACUGUAUAUGGGAAUCUAAUUACAAAGCUCAAGCAUCUUGGGUUUCUAAUAUUUUUUUUCUUGAUUGGUUCUAGAAAAGCAGAGCUGCCAGAGAUUCUAGAUGGCCAAGGACCUUUUCUACUUCUUGGGCAAGAUAGUAACUGGGAAAUAAUUUGAGUAGUAGAUAUCCUAUACCCUUUUAAAAUGUGGCUCUUUGGGGGGGGAGUGUUAUUGGGUUAUUAUUUUUAUUUUAUAUACAUUGUAAUCUUUUCUGUGAACCACCCUGAGACCUCUGGGUAUAGGGCAGUAUAUAAAUUCAAAAUUAAUUAAUUGUACAAUUGGAAGAAACCAUGAGGUUUACCUAGUCCAACCCCCUGCAAUGUAGGAAUCUUUUGCCCAACGUGGGGCUUGAACCCACAACCCUGAGAUUAAGAGUCUCAUGAUUUACGGACUGAGCUGUACAGCAGCUAGAGAGGUGGUUAUUGGUAAGAUGAGUUUUCAACCUAAAUUAGAUGGGUUUAUUUGUUUUCAACUGAAUAAUUCAUAUAUUGUAUAUGCAAUCAAUGGUGGGCCAUCUGCUAUCAGUACUAUUUCAGUAGUGGCUAGGUUGGCAGUUAUGGGACACAGAGACUAUUUAAUCCUCUCUUUUUUUAUCCCACAGGAUAUUGGUAACUGUAAAUUGAAUUGUGCUUGGCAGCUUCUCUUUAAGUCCAUGUUCCUCUUUUAAUGGGUUUGGUGGCAGUUUGCAUUUCAGUUUCAGUAAAGAACAAAGGAGGUGGAAACUGGGCAUUAACCUUUUCUGUCUGUCUCCCUUCCCCACAGCGUGAGUGCAUCUCAAUUCAUGUUGGCCAAGCUGGUGUGCAAAUCGGCAAUGGAUGCUGGGAACUCUACUGCUUGGAGCAUGGGAUCCAGCCUAAUGGCACCAUGCCAAGUGACAAAACAAUUGGUGGUGGAGAUGACUCAUUCAACACCUUCUUCAGUGAAACUGGUGCAGGAAAACAUGUCCCUCGUGCUGUGUUUGUGGAUUUGGAGCCAGCAGUGAUAGGUAAAGUAAAUACAGCCUGUGUGGUUGGAAUGGACGUGAGAUGGGAUGUGGGACAGUUGUAUAAUAAAAAGUCUGGAACGUGAGGAUUCAGUUUUUCCCUGUUGUAAUUUAGAUUCUGUAUAAAAGACAUUGCAUGACCUUAACUGUAGACAUAGCCAGAGCAAGGCACAGUAUUUCUAAACAUGUGGUUAACAUAUUUAUCAUUAUUUAAGUUAAGAUACAGUAAUCCUUGAGAAAUUAGGUAGUGCUUUGCUGUGACUUGGAUGGAAGUGAAGCCUGGGUUAAGAUGUCACUUAUGAAUAUCUGUAAUGCUUGGUAUGUGAAAUACUGGAUUGCAGGAGUUUUGCCUAAGUUUUUACAAGAAAGUGUUUACAGAUGAGGGGAUGGGACAAUUCCUGUGGCAUCUUAAAAGGUGAAAGGUUAUAUCCAAGUAAUUAUUACUCAGAGUAGACCAAUUUACAUUAAUGGACUAUGUCAUGUCCAUUUAUUUCAGUGGGUCUACUUUGCGUAUAACAGGUAAAACACUUAACAUACUUACCUAGUCUUUAAGGCAGGCAUGGCCAAACUUGGCCCUCCAGAUGUUUCAGGACUACAACCCCCAUCAUCCUUAGCUAACAGGACCAGUAGUCAGGGAUGAUGGGAAUUGUAGUCCCAAAACAUCUGGAGGGCCAAGUUUGGCCAUGCCUGCUUUAAGGUGUUUCAAGACUCUUUGUUCCACUCUGCUACAACAGACUAGCAUGGCUACCCUGUGGAAAUUGUAGCUGGAAAAACAUUUUAACCCACAUACUGGAUACUGUUGCCAGCUGUUUAUACUCCUAUGUACUGUAUAUUGUUUAAAAAUCAGUUGUUCUUGUACUAACAAAACCUGUUCUAGGCAAUCGCUAGCAGUGCCUGUCAGUAGAAAAAAAAAGUUCUCUUCAAGUUCUAUAAACCUGCAUAACUACUUAGGGUGCUUCAAGCACAAGCAAAAUUGUAAAUUUUAUUUGUUUCAUUUUUAUUGUACAAUAACUUGUGGUUUUGUUUUCAGACGAAGUGCGGACUGGGACAUAUAAACAGCUCUUUCACCCAGAACAGCUGAUUUCUGGCAAGGAAGAUGCUGCUAAUAAUUAUGCAAGAGGUCACUACACUGUAGGCAAAGAAAUAAUUGAUCUCGUACUGGAGCGCGUCAGGAAACUGGUAAGUUCUGUUGCUUUUGCACAGUCAAACUUGCAUUGAAACAUUUCGCCCUGUUUAAAAAUUAAUUCUGUCAACAAGUGUUCACCCGUCAAUCUGUGCCUGUCAAAAUGUAAAUAUCCUCGAGCUCUUUUGUAGCUCCAUCUAAUUUAUUUUGGGGGAGGGGGGUUAUUUAACUUUUGAUGCUACUAGAACACGGACUCUUGCUUCAUGUAUUUUUUACUCUGGUUAGAACCAUGUGGCAGUCCUGAAGUGACAGGUUUGGUGUGGUUACCACUGUCCCUCAGACCUUGUGGGGGGCCAGGCUAUAUGGGGGGGGGGAAUGAACGAAUUCCUAUGCCCCACAAAUAACCCAGAGAUGCAUCUUAAAUAAAAGGACACAUUCUACUCAUGUAAAAACACACUAAAUCAGCACGCCGGAUUUAGAAGGCGAUUGGGCUGGAUCCUGACCGGGGCCUUAGUUUGCCUACCCAUGGGUUAAACUAAUAAGACUUGAGCAAACAUAUCCUCUUCCUUCCCUAGCCACUGUACUACCUCUUUGUCUAGGAGGUCUAUGUAAGGCAACUAAUACAAUGUUUUACAUUCGUUUCUGCCAUUUUUUAAUGGAUUUGGUCUCGUCUCUCAUGGUUUUAGAAUUGAGUCAAAUAAGAAUGAGGCUAUAGAUAACUACAGUAAGAUAAUUCUGGGGGCUAUGACUUUCUUACACUCUAAAAUAUUUAGAUUGCAAUUUUUGUUGGUCUGGUAUAGAUUUUAGCUUUCUCAAUUUUUAUGUAUAAAAUAGUAUUGGGUUAGAGAACUGAAAGGGGGGGUAUUUUGUGAGUUAAAAAAAUCUUUUUAGGCUGUGAUUGCCCAGAGAAUGUAAGUUAUUGGGUGACUGAAAUACUCUAAAUAAAUAAAACUACAUAUGGCCUGCUCAGUCAAUGAACUUGCAAAAUUUGCUUGUAACCUCCAUGUAAUAAGAAAUAUCUACCUCCAACUGGCAGAUCUGUUUGGUUGGUGUGGGAACUGCUCACAGUUCCUGCUGAUGAGUUCUACAUUUGGUCUCUGCUUUUUUCUUACAACUGCUUAGUGGUUGAGUUGAAUGAUAAAUGAACUUUUUGCUGCUGGGCAGAAUACCACACUAGAAGGUAGAAAAGUGAAUGGGCAAAACCCAUUCUCAAAUGUUAGGAUUACUAGCCUGCUAUAAUGUCCUUUCCCCCCUCCCCAGGCUGACCAGUGUACUGGCUUGCAAGGAUUCCUGAUCUUCCACAGCUUUGGAGGUGGCACUGGGUCAGGAUUCACUUCUCUGCUUAUGGAACGCCUCUCAGUCGACUAUGGAAAGAAAUCAAAAUUAGAAUUUGCCAUAUACCCAGCGCCCCAAGUUUCAACUGCUGUUGUUGAGCCAUAUAACUCCAUCCUGACAACCCAUACCACCCUCGAACAUUCUGACUGUGCCUUCAUGGUUGAUAAUGAAGCAAUCUAUGACAUUUGUCGUAGGAAUCUGGACAUCGAACGCCCAACCUACACUAACCUCAACCGCCUCAUCGGUCAGAUUGUUUCUUCAAUCACCGCCUCUCUCAGAUUUGAUGGUGCCUUAAAUGUGGAUCUGACAGAGUUCCAGACAAACCUGGUGCCUUACCCCAGGAUCCACUUCCCUCUGGUAACCUAUUCCCCCAUUAUCUCAGCAGAGAAGGCCUACCAUGAGCAGCUCUCUGUCUCUGAGAUCACCAAUGCCUGCUUUGAGCCAUCCAACCAGAUGGUGAAAUGUGAUCCCCGCCAUGGCAAGUACAUGGCUUGUUGUAUGCUGUAUCGUGGAGAUGUUGUCCCCAAGGAUGUCAAUGUUGCUAUUGCCGCUAUCAAAACGAAGCGUACCAUUCAGUUUGUUGACUGGUGUCCUACUGGUUUUAAGGUAAGCGUUGCUGAUUGCAUUCAAAAUGGUCUGAUUCAUGUCAAGAUUUAUAGGUGAUUGAAUAAGCACAUCUCAAGUAUAUAAUUUUAUAAAUGGUAUAGGCAGGCUUAAUUAACUGUGAUUCAGUCUUAAGAUGACCUAAAGGCAUGCAGCCAUCCCCUGAACUGGAUGGUUGAUCACAAUCUUGGUGGAAGGGUAUCUACCAUUUCCUGCUUUUGCAGACCCUACAUGAAGGAGGGUGUAAAUACUCAGUCAAUACUCAGCUUGCCAUAUAUAUGAACUAACUAAAGCUGAUUCGAACGUUGACGAUCAGGACUUUUCAAUAUAAAAAUGCCUUCUAACGUUAGUCAUGGUAGAUUAAUGUACAAUUUGUGGGGGCAGUUUAAAAUGGGAGCACUAGCUCCUAACAAAAUUAUAAAAUGAUGUAGGCCUGUAGAGAAAAGAGAAUUAUGUUGAUGACUAAUGAUGUUUCAGCUUCUAAUGUAGGAGUGGGAAACCUGCAUCCCUCGUGAGAGAUGCCACGUGAGAGAAGUGGGCGGGAAACAAAGGAAAGCUGAAAUGGGAGGAGGUAGAAAAUCUCUCUGUUCUGACUUCUGGCAAGAGCUAUUUGUCAAUCCUUCCCACUGGGUGAGGAGAAAAGGGUGAAAGAAAGAACAGGCAGCCUUUGGAAGAAGAGAUUCCCCCCCUUUGCUCUAAUGGGUAUCUGAAAGUCCCAUCCAUGUGUCAGUUACAAGAGCUGCCCACUAUGCUAGCUGUGAAGAAUAGCGGCACAAAAUACUGCACUUUGCAAAUGGAUGAAAGUUUUCCCCAUAACACAAAUGCUACUUUGUGGGGAACGUAUCAGGAUACCCCUCAGGAAAUGGAUAUAACUAGACAUCUCUUACAUUUAAAUCAAUGUGGGAAAGGAGCCCAGAUCAAAAGAUUUUUAGAACAAAUGUGAAGUUCUACACUCCCAGCCCUGGUGUUCUUAACGCAGGGUGAUCUUGACCUUGAGCUUGCUGGCUUGUGUACAGAUGCAGCUCCUUUCUGACUUGAAAAUGCACACAAAUUAGAUACUAUUGUGAUAUAGGAAAAUUUACAUUGUCUGCAUUUCUAUUUACUGUCUUCUAGGUGGGUAUUAAUUACCAGCCUCCGACGGUUGUUCCUGGUGGUGACUUGGCCAAAGUCCAGCGUGCGGUCUGUAUGCUCAGCAACACCACAGCCAUUGCGGAGGCCUGGGCCCGCCUGGACCACAAAUUCGACUUGAUGUAUGCCAAGCGUGCUUUUGUCCAUUGGUAUGUCGGAGAAGGAAUGGAGGAAGGGGAGUUUUCGGAGGCCCGAGAAGAUCUGGCUGCACUUGAGAAGGAUUAUGAAGAAGUGGGCACAGACUCCUUGGAUGGUGACGAUGAAGGCGAGGAGUAUUAGACUUGCACGCAUGUCUGUUGUAUGGCUGUUACCAUUUGCUACUUUGUAAUAAAGUAAAUGGGAAGCAAAUCUUAAAUGUAAACAGAACACCUGGCAUUCCAUGCCAGAGCGCUUGGAAUAAACACUUUUAUAACUCAGAUAUCUUGCCAGUUGAUGAUGAUGCAAGCAAUUAAAGCAUCCAGCUGGAUGCAAACAAAUAAAACCACCUUUCUAUUUACUAACAUGG